AUGCAAAAUCCAUCUUGUCUUCUCUACGGACCAGGCGAUAUUCGAUUUGAAGAUCACCCCCUUCCAACCAUUAAAGACCCUCACGAUGUGAUCAUCCGCAUCGCCUACAUAGGCGCCUGUAGCAGUGACGCCCAAUUUUGGCUUCAUGGCGGCGUCAAAAAAAAUUACGUCUCGGAAGAUGAGCCCCUAAUACUGGGCCACGAAGCUUCUGGAAUUGUCCACGAUGUCGGUUCUGAAGUCUUGAACCUCCAACCUGGUGAUCCGGUCGCUAUCGAGCCGGGCGCACCAUGUCGACUUUGCAGUCGCUGUAAACUAGGAAAAUACAACUUGUGCCCAUUGAUGAAAUUCGCCGCGUUCCCGCCUUUCCAUGGGACAUUGACGAAAUAUUAUAAGAUUCCUGCUGAUUGCUGCUACAAGAUUCCUCCUAGUGUGGGCAUCUCCUUUGGUCUUGACGAGGCUGUACUGAUUGAACCGCUUGCUGUGGCUGUACACUCUAUCCGCCAAGUUUGCGUACAACCAGGCGAUAAGGUCGUUGUUUUUGGUGCGGGAACAAUAGGAUUAUUAUGUGCGGCCGUUGCACGGGAAUUCGGCGCUUCGACUAUAAUGUCAGUUGAUAUUAGUCGCGAUAAACUUGAUUUUGCGCAUUCCUUUGUUCCGAAUGGGCGGUUAUCGUUUUCGACCGCUAUACCCAACCAGUCACUUUCUUCCGAAGAGAAUGCAAAGUGUUUGAGAGGCAUGCAUCGAAACUCGCAUCUCACUGAGUCCGAUGUACCUGGGUUUGAUGUUGCGAUUGAGGCUACAGGGGUGGAGGCUUGUAUUCAGAUGGCUAUUUAUUCGCUAAGGGUUGGUGGUUCGUUCGUGCAGACGGGCGUUGGGAAGAAGAAUGUUGUAUUCCCAAUUGCCACUGUCUCGGAGAAUGAGAUUAAUGUUAAAGGAUGUUAUCGGUAUGGGGCAGGGGAUUUUAAGAUGGCGCUUGAGUUGGCUUUUACCCGGAAGAUUGAGUUGAAGCCGCUUAUUACUAAGAUUGUUGAUUUUGAGAAUGUGGACGAGGCGUGGGAGAUUACGGCGCGUGGGGACGGGAUUAAGACGUUGAUUCGGGGGGUUGGGUAUACAGAUGAUCUGGAGGAAUUCACGAAUGAGAGAAAUGGGACCUCGAGAUAUGGAUCGCAUUAUGCAUGA